AUGGCCACCGCCGAGCGGCUCCCUGUCGGGCGGGAGGAACCGUGGCCGAGCGGGACCCGUGGAACCGGCAUCUCGCUGUGGGGCGAAGGGGCGAAGGCUGCAGCCGAGCGCAGGCCGGAGACUCCCGCUUCUCCCCACCCUCCCCACCCCAGUCCUCCCUCCCAGCAUUUGGACAGCACCCACCCGGUCGCCUCCGGGGGACUUGCUGGUUCCGCUUUAGCGAAAGGAGGCGGCUUUUCAGAAAAGGGGUAUGAAUGGAGCUCUGAAGAGGAAGAGCCAGUGAAAAAGGCAGGACCAGUCCAAGUCCUCAUUGUCAGAGAUGACCAUUCCUUUGAAUUAGAUGAAACUGCACUAAAUCGGAUCCUUCUCUCAGAGGCUAUCAGGGACAAGGAGGUCGUUGCUGUAUCUGUUGCUGGAGCAUUUAGAAAAGGAAAAUCAUUCCUGAUGGACUUCAUGUUGAGAUACAUGUAUAAGCAGGAAUCAGUUGAUUGGGUUGGAGAUUACAAUGAACCAUUGACUGGCUUUUCGUGGAGAGGUGGGUCUGAACGAGAGACCACAGGAAUCCAGAUAUGGAGUGAAGUCUUCCUUAUCAAUAAACCUGACGGUAAAAAGGUUGCAGUGCUAUUGAUGGAUACUCAGGGAACCUUUGAUAGUCAGUCAACUUUGAGAGAUUCGGCCACAGUAUUUGCCCUUAGCACAAUGAUCAGCUCAAUACAGGUAUAUAACUUAUCUCAAAAUGUGCAGGAGGAUGAUCUUCAGCACCUUCAGCUUUUCACUGAGUAUGGCAGGCUGGCAAUGGAGGAAACAUUCCUGAAGCCAUUUCAGAGUCUGAUAUUUCUUGUUCGAGACUGGAGUUUCCCAUACGAAUUUUCAUAUGGAGCUGACGGUGGCUCCGAAUUCUUGGAAAAACGCCUCAAGGUCUCGGGGAACCAGCAUGAAGAACUACAGAAUGUUCGAAAACACAUCCAUUCCUGUUUCACCAAAAUUUCCUGUUUUCUGCUACCUCAUCCUGGCUUAAAAGUAGCUACCAAUCCAAACUUUGAUGGAAAACUGAAAGAAAUAGAUGAAGAAUUCAUCAAAAACUUGAAAAUACUAAUUCCUUGGCUACUUAGUCCUGAGAGCCUAGACAUUAAAGAGAUCAAUGGGAACAAAAUCACCUGCCGAGGUCUGGUGGAGUACUUCAAGGCUUAUAUAAAGAUCUAUCAAGGUGAAGAAUUACCACAUCCCAAAUCCAUGUUACAGGCCACAGCAGAAGCUAACAAUUUAGCAGCCGUGGCAACUGCCAAGGAUACAUACCAUAAAAAAAUGGAAGAGAUCUGUGGUGGUGACAAACCAUUUCUGGCCCCUAAUGACCUGCAGACGAGACAUCUGGAACUUAAGGAAGAAUCUGUGAAGCUAUUCCGAGGGGUGAAGAAGAUGGGUGGGGAGGAAUUUAGCCGGCGUUACCUGCAACAGUUGGAGAGUGAAAUAGAUGAACUUUACAUCCAGUACAUCAAGCACAAUGAUAGCAAAAAUAUCUUCCAUGCAGCUCGUACCCCAGCCACACUGUUUGUUGUCAUCUUUAUCACAUAUGUGAUUGCUGGUGUGACUGGAUUCAUUGGUUUGGACAUCAUAGCUAGCCUAUGCAAUAUGAUAAUGGGACUGACCCUUAUUACUCUGUGCACCUGGGCAUACAUCCGGUACUCUGGAGAAUACCGAGAGCUGGGUGCUGUAAUAGACCAAGUGGCUGCAGCCUUGUGGGACCAGGGAAGUACAAAUGAGGCUUUAUACAAGCUUUAUAGUGCAGCAGCAACCCACAGACAUCUGUAUCAUCAAGCUUUUCCUGCACCAAAGUCAGAAUCUACUGAACAAUCAGAAAAGAAGAAAAUUUAA